ACUCUCAAUCAUAUAUAUAUAAUAUAUUAAAUAAAUACCUCCACAAAAAAAUGGCGAAGAAAACUUAUGAUCUAUUAUUUAAAUUAUUAUUAAUUGGUGAUUCUGGUGUAGGAAAAACAUGUAUAUUAUUUAGAUUUUCUGAUAAUGCAUUUACAACGACAUUUAUAUCAACAAUAGGUAUCGAUUUUAAAAUAAAAACAGUUGAUUUAAGAGGUAAAAAAAUUAAAUUACAAAUAUGGGAUACAGCUGGACAAGAACGUUUUCAUACAAUUACAACAUCUUAUUAUCGAGGAGCAAUGGGUAUUAUGUUAGUUUACGAUAUAACGAAUGAAAAAAGUUUUGAGAAUAUAGUGAAAUGGCUGCGUAACAUAGACGAGCAUGCUAAUGAAGAUGUUGUAAAAAUGAUAUUGGGUAAUAAAUGCGAUAAAGAAGAUAAAAGAACAGUUAGUAAAGAACGAGGAGAAGCUAUUGCACGCGAACAUGGAAUACCAUUUAUGGAAACAUCUGCAAAAGCUGAUAUAAAUAUAGAACGUGCAUUCAAUGAAUUGGCCGAAGCAAUUUUAGAUAAAACAGCAUCAAAAGAACCAGGUGAACCAGCUGACAGAGUUACUGUUGAUCGACGCAUGAACAAUAAUACUGGAAGAUCUUGCUGCUAAAAAAAUUUAGAAAAAGAAACAAAAAAAAAGAUAAAAUAAACAUUUAUAUAAUAAUCUCGCUUUAAAAGGUUGUGCGAAUCUGUGUCGAUAUAGCCGAAUGAGAUGUAUGAAUGAGAUUUUGAGUGUUUUAAAAAUAAUGAAAACGAUAUCAAUUACCAAUUUAAAAAUAUUUCUUGAUGAUUUUUACAUCGAUCUAAGCGUAAAAUAGGAUUUUGAGUUGUUUUUGUUGCUCUUAUUAAAAUAUUUGUGUAGUGUCAAUUCUGAAAUUCCAAAAUUU